CCCCCCCCCCCCCCCAAACCCCAGCCUGUUCACGUAUUAUACUGAACAUUGUUCGGUAGGUCUAUACCGCAAAUAAAUCAGUCCUCCAGUCAUUAGAAAAUAUUAGGAAAAAGUAACCAUGCGUGAGGUGGGCUAUAUAAAUAUUUGUUAAACAGACAAUUUAAAACAGUAUAGCCUAAAUAUUGUUACAUUGAACACAGUAAAAAAUAAAUAAAAAAUAAACAAAAUAAAAAAGAUUCUCAAGGCACCAUUUAUGGUUCCUCUGAUGCCUUAUAUCAGUAGAAUCCUCUGAAGAAUAUAAUUCCCUUCAUUUCUCUGAGAAACUUAAUUAAGCCCUACUAUUAAUUCCUGCAAGAACUUUAAAGAGUUUCAGUGGUUCCUUCCGUAACUCCACAUAUAAGGGAAAAUUGUGAGGAACUUUAAAUGUAAUAUAUUGAAGUAAUAAGUACAUAACUAAUAUGUGUUUAACAUGUGACACAACUUUUAAGGAUGCCUAGCUCUUUCAUAGAGGGUGUAACAUGUGAGGAACAUCAAUGUUUAGGAAUAUUAAUGCUUGGUAAAAUAAAUGCUUUUGUGAACACUAUUUCAGCUUUGAAACUCUAUCGAUAUCUCCUCACAGGUUUUAUGUAACAAUAAAGUACAACAAACAAGACUGAGUUAGAGAAGAACGCGUGAGUGCAGCGCGCGCCCACGGCCAAGAAAGCUUGGCGGGCGCGCGCGCUGUAGAGGUGCAUGGCGACAAGGAAGUUUCUCAAGAGCCUAGCGACCGGGAGCGCGCCGAGCCGUAAAUUAAUACACAAAGGCGAGUUGCCGUGAGAACAGUUUACCCUGUAAACAUUCACAUAAUGUUUGAGUCCCAUCGUACAUCGAUAAAUGUUCUCAACGCAUGGUCUGAAAGCCAGGAAGAGUUGCACGAGACUCAACCGGUGUCUCCUCGCGGGACGAGAAAGUGCGUCAAGACGAAAAAGAAAAGAAGAAAGCAACAGCGAGGCGAGAAACGCUCCGUCUCGGCUCCUCAGUUAUGCACCGAAGACGCUUUUCCCGCCAACGGAGAUCCGAAAGAAGCGAAAUAUCGACCGGAUGAGCCAAUUGUGCGAGGAAUCUUCCAAAUCGGAAAGAAAAGCCACGACGUGGUUCUCACUGCAACGCGGGUAACUUGGACCUCCAUCCAACCCGAAAGCCCUACAGCUGAUCGUGAUGUGAAGAAGCAAGAAGAAUACGUUGAGCUCAAGGACGUGUUUGCUGUGAAGGUAAAACGGCGACGCUCUGCGGGGCAGCAGAUGGGCGGCACUCUGCUGGGCAUCACACUUUUCCAGUGCAAGAGGAAAGGACUCAAACUCAAGGACCAUGCCAUCCACCUCAACAACCUGAGCGUGGACCACUGUGAGAUCUGGUUCAAAACCCUCAAAGAGAUCCUCAAUGGUUUCAAGAACCGUCCUAAGUCUCUCAAAGUCUUUGUGAACCCCACCAGCCACAAAAAAGAGGCGUACAAAAUCUAUCUGGACGAGGUGGCCCCACUCUUCAAACUCGCCGAUAUACAAGCUGAUGUCACCAUCACCGAGAGAAAGGGCCACGCUCUCUCCAUCCUGAAAGAAUGCAGCUUGGAGGACUAUGAUGGUGUGGUAUGUGUUGGGGGAGAUGGCUCUGUGGCUGAAGUGGCCCACGGGUUGCUUCUCCGGGCCCAGAUGGAUGCUGGAAGGGACACAGACUCCAUCUUUACGCCUGUCCAAGCAGCACUUCCUCUCGGCAUAAUACCAGCAGGUUCUACUGAUGUGGUGGCAUGCUCAGUGCAUGGAAAAAGACACGCAGUGACUGCAGCCAUGCACAUUAUCAUGGGGCAUCGUCAGCCUGUGGAUAUGUGCAGUUUUAGCUCUAUGGGUCGACUGGUGAAGUUCGGUUUCUCUGCCAUGUUUGGUUUUGGUGGGCGGAUGCUUGCACUGGCAGAGAGACACCGCUGGAUGCCACCCAGCCAGCGCCGCGAGUUCGCUCUCAUUAAAACACUGGCAAACCUCAAACCUGAAGAGUGUGAACUGUCCUUCAUAACCAGCAGAGGAACCGAGGAACAAACAAAAGCUGAACCAAACAGAGAUGGAGGAGACAUUUGUGUGGAUGACUCCUGGCAGACCAGACAAGGUCUCUACCUGAAUGUCAGCAUCAUGGCUAUUCCCUGCCUGUGCUCCAUGGCCCCGAGAGGCCUGGCUCCGAACACUAGGCUAAGUAAUGGCAGUAUGGCCCUGAUAGCGGUUGGCAACACUUCCAGAUCAGAGUUCAUCAAGCACUUGAAGAGAUACAGCAGCACAAACAAUCAGUUUAGUUUCUCGUUUAUUGAGACACACACUGUAAAGGCAGUGAGGCUGCGCUCACGCUCUCAGGGAAGUUGGGCUGACGAGGAGGAAAACGAAGAGUGUGAUUCCAAAAACACGCCUAUCAUCUCUUCAGAAGGAACACACCCCUGGAACAUUGAUGGAGAUCUCGUAGAGGUCCCAUCUGAACUACUGGUCAGAGUUCAUCCCCAGCUCCUCACGCUCUUUGGAGCAGACAUGGAGGAGGCAGAUGAGUCGCCAGUUAAAUGCAGCUGUAUCUGAACACACGCACACAUAGAAAAGCUUACAGUAUGCUUGUAGUUACCUAUGAUGAGAAAUUGAAUGAACA